UUCGUGCCACCAACUCUUGGCAAUUUUUAUAAUUUUGCCCUUAUUGGCAAAAUGAACAUUUUUAACCUUGUUGGCACUUUAUGUAUGUAUUGGUAUUUAAUUAAUUGGCAAUUUUUGGAGUUUCCUUUUUAGUCGGCUAAAGAUAAUUUGUUUUGACAUUUUUUAAAUUUUCUAGGAUUUUAUUUAAAAAUUUUCUUCAAAAAAUGCUUUAUUCUUUUCCAAAUGAAACGAAGCUCGACAUUUUUAAAUGUCUUAACUAUCAACAAUUAUUGGCAUUCAAACUCUCGAAUGUUUAUUUUCGCAAUUUUGUUAUUAAAUAUGAGGGGGAAUUUGCUAAGGAGAAGUUUAAUAUGAUUUCCCUUGGUUAUCUCGGUAGAGGCGAACUUCCUCGUCAAUUUAUAAAACCUAAAGCUGAAGAUUUUGAUUCUCCAUUGCCUAAAGAACUUGAAGAGAAGUUCAAAAAUGGAUUUGGAUACCCAAUUCCUUUGUUUUUAAGUGGUCAUGGUCCGGGCAAAGAAGAUCUUAUUUUGGAGACAGGUUAA